CACACCGGUAAAUUACGAAGAUGAUUUAUUUAAUGUCUUAGUAUCAUAUAUUAUGUAGGCAACCAACCAUGGCGUCUCUGGGGAGCAGCAGUUCCUCAGUCACAGAAUACACUGUGCGAGUCCCCAAAAACCCCAGCAAGAGGUACAACAUUAUGGCUUUCAAUGCAGGAGACAGAGUCAACUGUUCAACUUGGACACAGGCUCGUAUGGAAAGAGACAUGAGUGCCCGGCGGAUAUAUGGGGAGGAAGAGGCUCCGGAAGGUGCAGCUGGGAGUGAGUUUGGCAAAAAGCAGCGUGAGGAAGCACGACGGAAGAAAUAUGGUAUUGUGACACGAGAGUUCAAAGUGGAGGACCAGCCAUGGAUUCUCAAGGUCAAUGGCAAGGCUGGCAAAAGGUUCAAAGGUCUAAAGAAGGGCGGUGUUACAGAAAAUGCAUCUUACUACAUAUUUACACAGUGUCCUGAUGGAGCGUUUGAGGCUUUCCCUGUCCACAGCUGGUACAACUUUACACCGCUGGCCAAGCACCGAACUCUCACUGCCGAGGAGGCAGAGGAGGAGUGGAGCAG